GCCGCCGUUGUUGCCGCCGCCGCCGCCGCCGCCGCCGCCGCCGCCGCCGCCUCCUCGGGCGCCCGGCACGGAGCGGUUCUGUCGGCCUCGCCGCCAUGGCCACCAGCACGACGGGCUCCACGCUGCUGCAGCCCCUCAGCAACGCCGUGCGUCUGCCCGUCGACCAGGUCAACUUCGUAGUGUGCCAACUGUUUGCCUUGCUUGCGGCUAUUUGGUUUCGAACGUACCUUCAUUCAAGCAAAACUAGCCCAUUUAUAAGACAUGUUGUUGCAACCCUCUUGGGCCUUUAUCUUGCACUUUUUUGUUUUGGAUGGUAUGCCUUACAUUUUGUUAUACAAAGUGGAAUUUCCUACUAUCUCAUGAUCAUAAUAGGAGUGGAAAACAUGCACAAGUAUUGCUUUGUUUUUGCUUUGGGAUACCUCACUGUGUGCCAAAUUACUAGAGUCUAUAUCUUUGAUUAUGGACAGUAUUCUGCUGAUUUUUCUGGUCCAAUGAUGAUAAUUACACAGAAGAUCACUAGUUUGGCAUUCGAGAUCCGCGAUGGUAUGUUUCGAAAAAAUGAAGAUUUGACACCAUCCCAGAGGUGCUUGGCUGUCAGACGCAUGCCAAGUCUACUGGAAUAUUUAAGUUACAACUGUAAUUUCAUGGGUAUCCUGGCAGGCCCGUUAUGCUCUUACAAAGACUAUAUUACUUUCAUUGAAGGCAGAUCAUACCAACUGCAACAGUCUGAAGCAAAUGGGAAGGAAGAUACAAAAUAUGAACAAACGGAUCCUUCUCCAAAUAUAGCUGUGGCACAAAAGCUCUUAGUCUGUGGACUGUCCUUACUCUUUCACAUGACUAUUACAAAAACACUGCCUGUGGAAUACAACAUUGAUGAGAACUUCAGAGCUACAGCAUCGUGGCCUGUAAGGGUUUUCUACCUAUACUUGUCUCUCAUGGCUGCCAGACCCAAGUAUUAUUUUGCGUGGACUUUAGCAGAUGCAAUUAAUAACGCAGCAGGAUUUGGUUUUAGAGGCUAUGACAAAAAUGGAGUUACACGUUGGGACCUAAUAUCAAAUCUGAGAAUCCAGCAGAUAGAGUCUUCCACAAGCUUCAAGAUGUUUCUUGAUAACUGGAAUAUCCAAACAGCUCUUUGGCUUAAAAGAGUGUGCUACGAGCGAGCCACCUUCAGCCCAACAAUCCAAACGUUCAUCCUCUCUGCCAUUUGGCAUGGGGUUUACCCAGGAUAUUACUUAACAUUUUUAACAGGAAUACUAAUGACGCUAGCAGCACGAGCUAUAAGAAACAAUAUCAGACACUAUUUUGUUGAAUCUCCUGCUGUUAAACUGUGUUAUGAUAUUAUAACAUGGAUGACAACGCAAGUAGCAAUAAGUUACACAGUUGUGCCAUUUGUACUGCUCUCUGUGAAACCCUCGUUCACCUUUUACAGCUCCUGCUAUUUCUGUCUUCAUAUCGCCAGCAUCCUGGUGCUGUUGGUAUUUCCAUUGAAAAGAACUCAAAAAGGAAAUAAAAAGCAUGAAAGCAUCCAGCCAGUGUGGUCCAAAAAACUAGAAGAAGAAAAUCUUUUGCAAAAGAACAGUUAUUCCACAACAAAUAAUAGUUUCAGUCAGAGAGAAGAAAUAACCUGCAGAUAUCAAGCACUAAAGCAGUGAUUGAGGAAUAUUAUGAUCGAUAUAUUUUGUAUGUUUUCAGAAACCCAUUUUUAGCACCUUUUAAAGGGGUUUGUAUUUGUUUGCAAAGAUGUUUAGUAUGAAAAGAAUGCAUUACCUAGGAAAAUCACAUACAAUAGCAAGACUGGAAACAAAACAGAUUAACCCCUCCCAUGCCAUGUCCCGGUGGGUCACGCCUUAUAUGAAGAUAUUACCGUUAUUUCAAUGGGCACUCAGGACUUGCAGCGUAUGUCCAUAGGGUCAUAUGUGUGCCCUUUGCUGAAUGUACGUUGUGUAUCCCAAGGCACUGACGGGGUGAAAUGAAAUCGUGUCAACCUAGGAUUAACAAAUGGAAAUUAAUUUUUCCAAAUGAAUGACUUGCCUUAAACCCUCUAUUUACUGAAACAUUGUUUCUAAGUGGUAUUUUCGAGUCCGCUUUUGUGGAAAGUAUUUCAAAUAUUUAAUACUAUAUGCUAUAAAGAAGCUCUAAAUAUGAAAUGCAAAGUCAUUGGAUGGUUUUUGAACCUCUUCUCUAAAAGGGAAUUGCAAUAAGCAUCUCAGUAUUUGGAGGGUUUUCUUAAAGUAUCUCAAACAGUUACAGUACAUUGUGGAACUGUAAACAUUACUGAUGCCAAAUUAUAGUUAGGUUUCUGUGACAGAAUCUCAUUAAGCAUAGCCCUUCUGAACAGAUCUAAAGAAAUCAUCUACAGGUUCACCUUUUCCAGGGCUUCACAGCUCUAAUUUAGGUUUCCUUUAAUUUCAAGUACAGAAAAACAACACAAAACACCACCGAGUGGGCUUUGCAUCUAGAGAAGGAAAGGCAGCCAAAGGAUGCUGAAGACAACAUGCAAGCACCAGAACUUCAAUGGAAAUUUGUCUUUACCCUUAAAUACCAGAUAUAUUUGUUCUAUAAUUAUUUUACAAAAAAAGAGAGGUUUUAGCACUUAAAAACAAAGUAAUUUUGCAUUUUAAGGCAUACAGUAGUUGACGAUGCUAGCAGUAUAAAGCUGAUGAUGUUAGCAGUAUAAAAAUGUCAAAAUUGAGAUCAUAGUCAAACAUGGAAUCACCAUGAUGAACAAGAUCUGUAUGCUUGAUCACUGAUUUCCCUUUAUGCAAAGAAGUGUAUGAGCUGGGGGGAAAAGGUCUUUCUUUACGUUAGAAUUUUAGAUGCAGGAUUUACACGGCACUUGUAGGUAAAAUAAUGAAAGAAAGAAAUGCUUGAGAAUAUGGAAUUAAGGAAGAAAGUCAAGGGAAUUGGUUCUGUCUAUUCCUGUCUGUUUGUUGCAAUGAUGGUCACUGCUGGAGCACUGUUUUAAAGGGCUACAUUUUAAUUGUUUGUAUUCUGUGCUAUCUUUCUUUUCUUUUUUUUUUUUCCUUUUUUUUUCUUAGUAAGCACAAACUGCUUAUCCACACAUUGUGUUGGUUUUAAAGAUAAAGUACUACUGGAGAAAAAUAA